UCCGGGUGCGACGGUCGCUUUUGUCCGGGUAGGCUCUGGACUCGUUCGGUACUUACUGCCUCUGACUGUACAGCUGCCCCUUGCCAAUUCCCAGCGGACGGGACAUGAGUGUCUCUGGGCCGCCGCCCCCGGACAGGGUCCUGCCAGGGCCACUUGACGGCCUGGGGGCCGAGGACAUCACGCCUGGUUUAAGCGAUACUUCUCCAGAUGAAGGGUUAACAGAGGACUUGAACAUAGAAGACAAAGCUGUGGAGCAGCUGGCAGAAGGAUUGCUUUCUCACUACUUGCCAGAUCUGCAGAGAUCAAAACAAGCCCUCCAGGAACUCACACAGAACCAAGUUGUAUUAUUAGACACACUGGAACAAGAAAUUUCAAAAUUUAAGGAAUGUCAUUCUAUGUUGGAUAUUAAUGCUUUGUUCACUGAAGCUAAACACUAUCAUGCCAAGUUGGUGAAUAUAAGAAAAGAAAUGCUGAUGCUUCAUGAAAAGACAUCAAAGUUAAAAAAAAGAGCACUUAAACUUCAGCAGAAGAGGCAAAAAGAAGAGUUGGAAAGGGAACAGCAACGAGAGAAGGAAUUUGAAAGAGAAAAACAGUUAACUGCCAAACCAGCAAAAAGGACCUGAGAAGUUGGAUGUUUGUAUCUGUCCUUCUCCUAUUCAUGUUCUUGAUUUAAGAUGACCCAGUGCAGACUGAAGUUAAGGUAGUGCCUUAUACCGUUGUGUUGUGUUUUGAAAUCCUUUUCUCAGGAGUACUGUUUAUCUUCAUUUCAGCCAUUCAAGAAGCUUUCUUCCCUAAGUAGAAGACAUGAUGCCACUUGGUUUAUAUAUUUAUAUGUAAUUUUUCAACUUUGUUUCACUUAAUUUUGAAAUUCAUUCUUUUUGGCCCUAAGUCAUUUAUAAAGUAGAAAAUGGUUUGAUUGUUUCAAUAGUUUAGACUCUAAGUGCUUAAAAAUUAGUAUGAAUCUCUUAGCUUCUUAAUAAGUGUGGAUUUAGAAGUUUCAGUUUCUUUUAAAAUCAUUUGCCUUUCUGUCAAUACAAAGCUGGUUUUUGACAGUUAACUUUACAUUGUUUGGUUAAGAAGAAAUGCCACCCUGUUUAAUCACAUACUGCCACUGACAAAGAGGUGGUUUAAGCCUUUGUGAAGAACAUGAUAGAAAAAUAUGUAUGCAGGAAAUAUUAGCAUCUUAGGCAUAGGAUAGGUGAGCAAGAUGCUAUAUUGAUUCCACUAACCAUAUACUCUCACUGCUUCUUAGCUUUGUUGUUGCUAUUUAGUUCUUAUGUAGCUUCUGGGCUCAAAGUAGAUUAUAUAUAUUCCUAAAGUUUGGCGGGGGUGGUGUAGCUUUCACACCCUCAAAUGUGCUUAAAUAUUUAUAAUUCUUGGUUACAGUCAUCACAGUCUGUGAGAUACAGUUGUCAAGUAGAUAAGAUAAUGAACCCAACUUUCCACGUGGGAAGUCUUAUCACUAGUUCUGUCUGUCCUCUGAUUUAUUGUGUAGCUUCACAUGUGGUUGCUUUUUCUGUGCUUUUAAAAAAAUUCUUAAAAGUAGAAUGAUAUAUACCAACUACCCAUUUUAUAGAUAAUGACAAGAAUGGUGGAAAAUGGGAAAAUAGCUUCUUCACAAAAGAGGCAGCAUGAUACCUUUAGUGUUUUCUAGAUCCCACCCCCAUACUAUAUGUAGAAAUGUAUUACAUGAGGGAAAUAUGAAGUUUCAUUGUAUUAAAUUGAGAAUAUUA